GUCAGCAUUACCGGUCUGAGUGGGAGCAAAUGCUGGAUUUCAAGGAUUGGUUACAGCCUGUCAAAGAUGAUACGACGAAGGCCUAUUUAGAAGAAACUUUAAAAGCAGUCAAGCCUUCUCUAAUCGAUAUUGCCCAAGAAUUCCGAGUGGAUGCAUCUACAAUGGAUAGGCUCAUGUCUCAAUGGAGAAACAUAGUGCACAUUAAAUGGGAACGCACAUCUUCCACUGUAGAAUUCUGGAAUGAAGUAAUUGAUUACAAAGAUGCAGCUGGUAAUAACCCCUUUGCAGAUUUAUCUCAGUUAGCAAUAUCAUUAUUAUCACUACCUCAUUCCAACGCAGAAAUUGAACGCGUUUUCAGCCAAAUGAAUAUAGUCAAAACUAAACUUCGCAACCGUUUGUCGAUAAAAACUUUAAAUGCCAUUCUAUACGUCAGAUUCGGCCUAAAGAGGGCAGGGAAAUGCUGCUAUUCUUAA